CUUUGUCCGUUUGCUCCGCACACAUGCGGCGCAUUUCUCUCCGCGCGGGUAGCUCCCUGGCGACGGUGUUAACGCGGGGCUCGGCGCGGUGUUCUUCGACCUGGCGCAGCUCCCGCGUGGGCGCGCACGUGGCGCGACUGGAACGUCAGGUGGCCCGGACCGGGGCCGUUGAGGCCCGGUGCCGUUUGGUGCUGGCGUAUGCCAAAGAGCUCUCGCGCCGAAAGAAACGGGAGUCUGAGGACCUGAAGGAACUGAAGGAGUUGACGGAUUUCCAUGGGGCACAGCUGUCUUCAGCCCAGCCACAAGAGGUGCAAUGGCUCUUAGAUGCACUAUUUGACAUGAAAGACCUGGAGCUCUAUCCCCUCAUCGCGCGUUUAUCGCUGAUGCUGGCUCGGCACGAGCAGUGCCUGGCAGAAUUCGAUUGGAAGGGAGAACUGCAAGAGCGAGCCUCCAUGUUUCACUACGAGACUGCCCUGCAGCUACUGAAGACCGUCAGCCACUUCCAGGAGGCCCAGGAGAUCUUCAAUGAAGCCACAUCCUUGCGACGAGCGGGACAGCAAAUGAUCCACUGGAAGCACUUGUGGCAAACUCCUUCGGUCUAUGUGCGACAGCUGCGCCCAACCGGAGGAACUGCAUGGUGGGAUCCGAAGGAGUUACCUUUGGCGCAGGUCUUGGAGGAGAAUGUCCUGGACAUCAGGGCAGAGCUCCAGAUGCUCUUGGAGAAUGGAGGGCGCAUGGUGGUGGAUCCGGCCUACCCACGGCUCACCACGGAGGGCGAUUGGGACGUGAUUCGCUCCUGGGAUCUGCCAGCAGGUCUCUACAACGACAAGAAGUGGGACCCUGCAGCCACCACCUUGGCGCCGAAGACCGUGGCGCUGCUGAAGGAGCGUUUGCCAGGCCAGGCCAAUGGUCUGCCAUACAUCCACCACAACACCGAGGAGGUUUGCUUCUUCCGGAUGAGCCCUGGGACGCGGAUCUUACUGCACACAGGUGGUUGCAAUGCCCGGCUCAACUUGAGUUUGGGCUUGAUGGGUUGUAGCGACUCUUUCAUCACAGUGGCCCAGGAGGAGCGCCGCUGGCGUGACGGGCAGUUGUUUGCCUUUGACGACAGCUGCGACCACGCAGCGCGCCAUGAUGGGCCUGAGGUGGCGCAUGGGCCAUGGGCCAUGAGUGGUGCAUGGGCCAUGAUGGGCAAUGAUGGGCCAUGGUACACGAAAGUACAGACUGAAGGUGGCGCCCAUAUCCGCAGGUAUGCCAGGUGCACGACCCAUGAAACUGGAAACUUGACGUGUACGAUCCCUUGA